UGUUGCCAAUCAUAUUCUAAUAUUCUAAAUUUUAUUUUGGUCAUAAAGGUAUUUAAAAAACACACGUUUAAAACCGCCUACUUCUUCGCCAGUCCCCCGCAGUGGGUAAGAACCAUUGUUGGGAAACAAAUUAAGAAAAGAAAAGAGGGAGAGAUGGCCGUAUCGAACAUGGCGGGUUGUUCCGCCGCUCUAGUGCAAUGUACGAAAAUUGAGGACGAGUCCAGCUGCGGUGGCGUGGAAGAGGAGGGCGAGUCGCUGGACGUCACCGCUGAUCAGGCCGCCCUGGUGAACACGCUGUCCAGCAGCGUUCUCGAGUGCGCCGGGGAACAAACGGCGGCUGAUGCUAACACGACGGCGUUGUACAGGACACUGCACGCACUCAGAGUGGUACCGGCGCCCUUGAAAAAACCUCGACUACCACUCCACCGCCCUCCUCGUGCUUCAGCGUUUUCCGAAGCCGACGGCGCGACGGCGCUUUCCCAAGACCGACAGGUUCAGCUGCGGCCUGCAGCCGUUGGCGACGCUGGUGGUUCUCGGGCCUGUUUGUGGCUGUGCGCUGCUACAUCCUUCCUGUGCUUCGCUGCCCUGAUCGCUGCAGUGGCCGCGGUGAUCUUAAAGAGCUCGGACGAGCUGAAUCGAAGCUUUGGCGAAGUCGGACGCGCCUUCAAGGACGAAAUUGCUGCGGCACGGCGAGCGGUGCUUGUACCUUCGACGACACGGGACACAGUGUCGUCGAGCAGGACGACGCCGAUAAGCGGCAGUGCUUUCGAUGCAUCCAAGAGUUCGUUGAACCGAACAGAUUUUACAUUUAAGGCCGACUGAUCGCAACGAAACUCAAGUUGCAUAUAUCUGCUGCUGCAGCCAUGCAGGCUGCUUGCGCUGCAAUGACCUCUGGUCACCCGGCAUUCCUGGAGUGUCACGCGAUAAUUGGGAACGACGACGACGACCACGACGGACUAUUAAACGUUUCUUGA